CAAAGUAGGCGACAACAUCGAAUCAUUGCUUAGCUUAUUAUUAAAUAAUGGCAGAUGACAACCCGAGGAUCAAGUCAUAUAGACUAGAGGCACCCGAUGGCGGCUGGGGUAUCCUAGUUUGUAUUGGCAUGGCCCUGCCAUUUAUAAGUGCCUUGGCCGCAUUGCCCUCGUUUGGUCUGGUAUUUGGUGAUUUUCUUAAAAGCAUUGGGGCCGAGACUAGUGCCAUUGCCAUCAUAACGAGUGCCUUCUUUUGUUCCUUAAGUUUCGCCGGACUCUUUUCGGGCAGUCUGUUUCGACGAUGGAGCAUUCGUACGGUGGGAUUGGUUGGCGGAAUAUUUUAUUUUGUGGGCACUGGACUUCAGUACUUUGCCACCACGACAAUGGAUUUGAUUAUUGCUUUCAGUGUGGUACAAGGUUUGGGAUUCGGUUUAAUGGUGCCCACCUCUUACACAACAUUUAAUAACUAUUUUGUAAAGAAUCGUGUGCUAUGGAUGAGUUUUGCCCAGACUCUAAUUGGAUUGGGAUCGAUGUUGUAUCCGAUUGUGAUGCAAAAACUAAUACAGUAUUAUGGUUUUCGUGGUUGCCUGCUUGUCCUUACCGGACUGAAUGCCCAUGCGAUCUUGGGUAUGUUACUUAUGCAUCCGGUGGAAUGGCAUAUGCGUCGUGUGCCCAUACCUGAAGAGGAAUUGCAGCUUCAACGUCAAGACCAACAACAACAGCAACACCAGCCAGUUGCCAUUCAUAUUCAACCAGAGACACCAUUGACAGCUCCUGUGGGCGAAAUGACAUUCUUAACAAGUUCAUCCCAUGCCGAUGAACAAAUACUUAAAAUCAUAUCAAGUCGCGCCUCAAGCAUCACCAGUUUGGGUAAUUGGUCUGGCCCGGUAAUCGUUAGCGAUGCCUCGCCACAAAUGCUCCAUAGUCUGCAGGCCUCGAGACGGCAAUCGACUGUUGUCCCAGCCGUUGGGCUGCCGCCACAGUUACCAUCUCUACCAGAAGCAGGUGGAGAUGAAACACCAAAAAAGAGUUGGGUCCGCACCUUGGUUGAUUUUCUCGAUUUGACGCUCUUCAAGCAGGUCAUCUAUGUCAACAUUGUGCUGGGCAUUACUUUUGCUCUCUACUCGGACAUAACGUUCUUCACUUUGCAGCCGGUAUAUCUAUUCGAAUUGGGCUACAAUAAGGUGGAUACUGCCACAAUUAUUGCUAUUGGAGCGGCAGCAGAUUUGGCAUCGCGUAUAUUUUUGGCCGUAACUGCUGUUUGCAUUCAAGUGCCUUCCCGUUACAUUUACUUAGCUGGAGCUGUUAUUACGGUUUUUGCCAGAUUUGCAUUCAAUAGCAUUACCGAUUUUGUGGGCAUGGCUAGUAUAACAGCCAUCAUGGGAUUCCUUCGCACAUGGCUGCAUGUUCCGUUGCCAUUAGUUUUCGCCGACUAUUUACCAAAAGAGAGAUUUGCUAGUGGUUAUGGUCUAUUUAUGUUUACCCAGGGUAAUGCCAUGUUUGUGAUUGGCCCAAUUGUUGGUUAUAUUCGAGAUAAAACUCAAGAUUAUAUCCUAGUUUUUCACAUUUUGAAUGUGUUUAUGAUGCUAUGCGCCGUACCGUGGGUAAUUGAAGUGCUGUGUGUCAAGUUUAGAAGACGUAAUAAAAUUGAACGUCAAAAUGUUGAUCACCUGGAUGAUGAACAAAAUAGUCGGCAACAGAAUAUUGCACACUGAGACAGCAUAUGAACGAUGAAUGCUGAGGCACAGCACAACGUUUUAGUCAGGGAGCGACUAAUGUGUCAAAACAAAGGGGAUCGACUGCUUUCCCAUAAAAAAAAAGCAGUGUGAUUAGCUCUAAUGGUUUAAUAAUAAACAAUAAACACACUGUCAGAGGUUUAGAGGUUAAAACCUUUGUGAUGAAA